CCUUCUCCCGUGCAGCCCGCCCGAGUCGCCCUUAGGCUCAGAGACCUGAGCACUCACUAAUGUUUAACUCGGGGCCGAAACUUGUGAGCGAGGAGUGACUGCGCUGCCGGGGAGCAGCUAAGCAGGACGUCCGUCUGGGAGGCUCGCCGGUGACUUGGUCCGCGGCCGAGUUCAGAAAGCUUAGUUCUGAGGAGACGCCGACAAUGAAGACGCCCUGGAAGGUGCUGCUGGGACUGCUGGCUACUGCUGCUCUGGUCACUGUCAUCACCGUGCCAGUGGUUCUGCUGAACAAAAGCAAUGAUGCUACGGCUGACAGUCGCAGAACUUAUACUCUGAAUGAUUAUUUAAAAAGUACUCUUCGAUUGAGGUCCUAUUCCUUGCAGUGGAUUUCAGAUAAUGAGUAUCUCCACAAACAAGAAGAUAAUAUCUUACUCUUCAAUGCUGAAUAUGGAAACAGCUCCAUUUUCUUGGCGAACAUUACAUUUGAUGCAUUUGGACAUUCUAUAACUGAUUAUUCAGUAUCUCCUGACAGACAGUUUCUUCUGUUAGAAUACAACUACGAGAAGCAAUGGAGGCAUUCGUACACAGCUUCUUAUGACAUUUAUGAUUUAAAUGAAAGGCAGUUAAUCGCAGAAGGGAGAAUUCCAAACAACACACAGUGGAUCACAUGGUCACCAGAGGGUCAUAAAUUGGCAUAUGUUUGGAACAAUGAUAUUUAUGUCAAACUUGAGCCAAAUUUACCAAGUCAGAGGAUCACAUGGACUGGAAAAGAAGAUGCAAUAUAUAACGGAAUAACUGACUGGGUUUAUGAAGAGGAAGUCUUCAGUGCCUACUCUGCUCUGUGGUGGUCUCCAAACGGCACUUUUCUAGCAUAUGCCCAAUUUAACGACACCAGAGUCCCACUUGUUGAAUACUCCUUCUACUCUGAUGAGGCGUUGCAGUACCCAAAGACUGUGCGGAUUCCAUAUCCUAAGGCAGGAGCUGUGAAUCCAACUGUAAGGUUCUUUGUUGUAAAUACAGACACUCUGAGCUCAGUCACUAAUGCUACUUCCGUGCAAAUCACUGCGCCUGCGUCCAUGCUAAUAGGGGAUCACUACUUAUGUGCUGUGACGUGGGUCACACCUGAAAGGAUUUCGUUGCAGUGGCUCAGGAGGAUUCAGAAUUAUUCAGUCAUGGAUAUCUGUGACUAUGAAGAGUCCAGUGGAAGGUGGAGUUGCUCAGUGGCACGGCAACACAUUGAAAGCAGUACUACUGGCUGGGUUGGAAGAUUUAGGCCUGCAGAACCUCAUUUUACAUCGGAUGGCAACAGCUUCUACAGGAUCAUCAGCAAUGAGGAGGGCUACAAACACAUUUGCUAUUUCCACAUAGAUCAUCAGAACUGUACAUUUAUUACAAGAGGAACUUGGGAAGUUAUUGGCAUAGAAGCUCUCACCAGCGAUUAUCUCUACUACAUUAGUAAUGAAUAUAAAGGAAUGCCAGGAGGAAGAAAUCUUUAUAAAAUCCAAAUUAACGACUACACAAAAGUGACAUGCUUGAGUUGUGAGCUGAAACCAGAAAGGUGCCAGUACUAUUCUGUGUCAUUUUCUAAAGGUGCAAAGUAUUAUCAGCUGAGGUGUUCCGGCCCUGGUCUACCUCUUUAUACUCUGCAUAGGAGUGCGAAUGAUCAAGAGCUGAGAGUACUGGAAGACAAUUCAGCUUUGGAUGAGAUGCUGCAGGAUAUUCAGAUGCCCUCAAAAACACUCAGUUUCAUCAUUCUCAAUGAAACAAAAUUUUGGUAUCAGAUGAUCUUGCCUCCCCAUUUUGAUAAAUCCAAGAAAUAUCCUCUACUAUUAGAUGUAUAUGCAGGUCCCUGCAGUCAAAAAGCAGAUGCUAUCUUCAGACUCAACUGGGCAACUUAUCUUGCAAGCACAGAAAACAUCAUAGUAGCCAGUUUUGAUGGCAGAGGAAGCGGUUACCAAGGAGAUAAGAUCAUGCAUGCAAUCAACAGAAGACUGGGAACACUUGAAGUUGAAGAUCAAAUUGAAGCAGCCAGACAAUUUUCAAAAAUGGGAUUUGUGGACAGUGAACGGAUUGCCAUUUGGGGCUGGUCAUACGGAGGGUAUGUAACCUCAAUGGUCUUGGGAUCAGGAAGUGGCGUGUUCAAGUGUGGAAUAGCUGUGGCACCUGUAUCGCGAUGGGAGUACUAUGAUUCAGUAUACACAGAACGGUAUAUGGGCCUCCCAACUCCUGAAGACAACCUUGAUCGUUAUAGGAAUUCAACAGUCAUGAGCAGAGCUGAAAAUUUUAAACAAGUUGAGUACCUCCUUAUUCAUGGAACAGCAGAUGAUAACGUCCACUUUCAACAGUCAGCUCAGAUCUCCAAAGCUCUUGUGGAUGCUGGUGUGGAUUUCCAGGCAAUGUGGUACACAGAUGAAGACCAUGGAAUUGAUAGCAGCACAGCUCACCAACAUAUUUAUACCCACAUGAGCCACUUCAUAAAACAAUGCUUUUCUUUACAUUAGCACCUCAAAACUGCAUGCCAUUUGCGGCUUAUUAAAAACCAUUUCUCUCAUUAUCUCAAAACUGCACUGAUGAUCUUUUUAAAAAUACACUCAAAACAAGCAACUUAAGAUUACCUUUGUUCUCAAAUGUUAUACCUACAAUCCAUAGAGACUUCUGUCUUCCCAACAGAUUAUUACUGUGCAGAAGUUUCAACUAUUUGGUCUGGUUUUGUUUCUCAUUUAAAAUCACUGUCAUGUCAGUUGCUGAAACAGCAAAUGUAAAUUGUUUUCAUGCGAUCUUUAUAUAAGUCUGCCGGGCAGCUUUUAAUUUUUUUUUUUUCCAGCUAGACUAGUCCAAAUCCUGUUCCCUUCUCUAAAGGAACAGCAAGAUAUGGGCAAUGAUGUCACUAGGGUAGAAACCACAAAUAAGAUGAGAAGAUAGCAGGACAUGGGUGAACAGAUAGAAUCCAGGUCCAAGCAUACCCCCCUCCGACCAGGCUACUGCUACCCCUCCCCUCCACCCCUGCGAAGAGCUGUUCACAGCCAGACUGGCACAGUUUUCUGAGAAAGACUAUUCAGUCUCAGGAAAUCAUAUAUGCAAAGCUCUGACUUCUAAGUAAAACCACAGCAGUUGAAUAGACUCCAAAGAAAUGCGAGGGAAACUGCCAGCAAUGUAAGGCCUCCAGGUGCCAGUUAUGGCUAUAGGUGCUACAAAAACACAGCGAGGGUGAUGGGAAAGCAUUGUAAAUGUGCUUUUAAAAAAUACUGAUGUUUCCUGCUGCAAGAAGCAGCUUGGAACUGACAUGUGAACACAUCAGCUUGCCCUGUAAAAGAUGAAAAUAUUUGUAUUGCAAAUCCUAACUCAAAGGAGUCCUUGCAUCAAUUUUUCUUGUUUCAUUUCUUUGAGCAUUGUAAUUAAAAGAGUAUUUUAAGUUACUUGGACUCCUUUUUUUUUUUUUACAUAGAAAGCAAACUGGAAUCUUAUAUAUUUUCUUAUCUUACAUUCAAAGGAAUAUCUCCUGGUCAUUUAGUAAAUGUGCCUUCAUUCUUUUCAGAGGUAAUGAGUUGUGUCUUAAAUCACAUCAACAUAUGAAUAUAUCUAUUCAUACAGGCUCUUGCUGAAUUUGUUAGGAAAACUAGUCUACCUGAUAAGCAUGCAGAAUUCAACUUUUGUAAAAAUUAGAUACAUUAAGAUAUGUUAAGGCAAGCAGUUCAUAUGUUUUUUUGUGUGAUACAUAUAUAGUUUGUUACCAUUACAAACUGAUUUUGAGAAAUCAAAACAAUUUUGGUUAUUGUGAAAAUGCAUAGUUUACAAUUUUAGUCCGGGGAAGUAUGGUGAGAUUUAUAACAUAAGACAAAUAAUACAAACAAGCAAUAACAAAUACCACCUUGGCAGUUCUGAUGACUCAAAAUUGAAAAAAAAAAAUGGUGAGUCAGGCACUAAAGUGGUUGGCCAAGUAAAAAGUUAUAAUAAAAUAUAGAUUUCAGAUGUUGAAUUUGGCCUAGCAGACAAAUAUCUAGGUAACUGAAGAAACAUGAUUUUUUAUUUUAUAUACUUGCAAAGUAGCCUAAUUUUUAAAAUGGUUUUAUGAAUUUAAACUCAGCUUUAGAUCACUUGCUGGACAAAUUAUCCCUGACAUUGUAAGAUAUACCAUAAACAUCUAAAAAUGAAAGAAAUGGGGUAAACAUUCUGCAAGUUCAGCAUUAGACUGGUGAGUCAUGCAUAACAAUUAGCAGGAGACUCUGAAAUUCAGGUUUCACUGCACUCAUAUUUUCAAAGCAUGUUGUAAUGCAGCUUCAUCUUAACUAAGCAUCAAAUGUCAUUCACCCAUUAGAACCAUAAACCAACCUCCAAACCUGCAGGGUUCAUGUCAUAAUUCUGUUGCAAAACAUAGUUCAACUGUCAUGAAUAAAUAGCUCCAUCUUUGCCAAAUUCUAUUUAAGGAAUAAUGGUAAGAUAUGUUCACAUUCUGGACAGCAUGAAUAGUCUUAAGACAAAAUGAAACUUAAAUUCCCCUUUUAUCUUAAUUGAAACCAGAUAUUGUAUGCUAUCAAAUAGUACACAUCAGAUAUUAUAAAUCAGAUCCAAAGCAGCUAUUGUAUAAUAUUUAUAUAUCAAAAUGAAAUUAAUUCAUCUUUUCUUUGAUCUCUAAAUGUACUAAAAUAUUUUGUCUGGAACCCAGAAAUAAAAAACCAAUUCCUAGCUUAUAUUUUUUCAAGUAAUGUGGGUCCAAAUGGCAAUAAUGUGAAUAAAGUCAACGCAAUUUUCAUUUUACAGUAAGACUUUGAAAUUAGUUAAUUGGAAAAGAUAGGAAAUAGACAGGUACACUAGACAUAUACUUAACCUGAGGGUAGGUUUGAAAUACACAGGAACUAUCCAAACCUCUAUGAUGAAGUUGCAGCCAUGAUGAGACUAUGGAUGGCUACAACUCCUUUCAAAAACCGACUACACCAGUGUCAAGAGAUACAUACAGAAGAAGAUGGGGAAGAUGGUUCUCAUCUCUUCUGCGGAUUCAAGAGUUGUUUCGUAAGUUGCUAUUAAAAUUUUUAGAAAAUCUCCCUUAAAUUUUUCUUUGACAUGCUUUCUUAAAUAGCAGGUUUGGACCAUAAAUCAACACAUCCUUCAUGAGUCACAACCACCACUGUGAAGAUUAAUGAUUACAAUACACUACAUGUCAUACUGUUUCUUUAUUCACAGGAGGACACCAAGGAUUAUCAAUUCCACCUCUUAGCAACUGCAGUUUUUGCUCUGUUGAUAUGUGAUUACAGAUUUGUAAAAUUACUGGAUUGUCAUAAUACGUACAAUUUAAAAAAAAAUGAAAACACAGCAAUAACACAGGCAGGCCAUUUUCAUAAAUUAAGUGACUUUUGUUGUGCCAUCUUUGUGAGUUAUUUCAGCAGUGUCCAAGAACCAUUUUUACCUACAAGCUGUACAAUCUGGGGUAUGUCUUCAGGAUGUCCAAAGGAUGAAAGAUGGUUGAAAGUAGCAGACAAACGGGAAUGGCAAAGCCAUUAAUAGCAGUACCCAAUGACCUGAGAGCUUGGUGUUAACAUGGGCAAGGUUGUACUCAGCAGGAAUAUACCCUCUUUCUUUGUCAUCCUUCCUUGACACUAUUCUUAGCCUUUAGAACCAAAGAUUUGAGUAAACAAUAGUUUUUUUUUAAUUAUUUCCUUUUGUAUUAACUAACAAAGAAAUCUUCCUUGGUAACUACUAACUUUAAACUUGGACAAGCUUGAAGUUCUUAUUCUACCUAACUGACUUUUAUCUGAACUGACUCUUCAAAUUUAUAAUCUGUG